AUGCCUUUGAAGAAACAGUUGUUGUUCCGUCUGGCUCAACCAAAAGACAAAGAAAAUAUCAUCCAGUUUCUGAUGGCUCACUUCGCGAAGGAAGAGCCCUGCGCCAGAGUGAGAUUGAUCCGUUUCAGCGUGAGUUCAUUCCAGUAACUUCAGGCUCUGAAUCUGACUCCGGACAUUUCCCACGGUGUCUUCUCGAAUACAGUAGAUCGAUGUCUCAGAUUUCCGUUCUCCACUAUCGUGACUCAACCGAAUGGCCAACUGACUGCGUGCCUCCUAAGUUCAGUCUGGAAUCGGACUGAUCCGUUGGAAAGCGCCGACUUUUAUUCGGAGAAUAUUCCAGAACACUCUCAGUUGUUUCGUGAGAAUUACCUUCUGGGGCCUCGUAAUUUUAACUUUACUUUCAGUCCGUUUCUUGAACAAUGCACAUUCCAACUUUUGGAAUUUGGCUCCGUCGCAUAUCGAUUCAGUGAUUCACAGGUUUGACCCUCCCCUUGGGAUCAUCUUAGCAUACAUUUAUUUUCAGAGAAAUCGGAAGUGUUGCACUGCCAUUCCAAAGAGCGGGAAUAGCAACGAGGCUAGUAACCGAGAAUAUGACCCAAACCAACUUGAAAGUGAGUUCUCUUCCGAUCUCUUCCCCCUAUCUGAACGUCUUUUUUAGAAAUACAAGAUCGGCGGAGUCAUUUCGGAAACCACUUCCCUCGCCAAUCAGAUUCUGCUCGAGAAAUCUGGAUUCAAGGUUCUAGUUCAAGGUUAUAGUCCUCUCUAGUUAUACCAGUUUCAGUGUCUGAAAGAAAUGCCCUUCUCGGAUAUUGUGGACUCGAAAGGCAGACAAGUUCUUCGGCUGGACGACGGAACCACCCAUCUCCGUCUGAACUUCAAGCCCAUCGAAGACUACGAUAACUUGCCCGAGUGAUGUCACUGCAACUGAAAUGUUUACUUGUUCAAACUUCUGAUGCAUAUUUCCGUAAACCAAUUCCUAGCGAACGAGAUUCCUCCGGAGAAAUUCCUGUUCCACUGUCUGAAAUAGAAUUGCAAACAAAUCUGGGACAACCGAACUUCAUUCGAGUUUACUGGGGUUUUCAAUACGUUUGCAUUCCUCAACUGGGUCAAGAAUGUCUCCCGAUUAGUACAUUCAUCUCGUAUUCGCGCCGUGAAAGAAGUUGUCCAACGUGCACACGCAGCAGUCACCAUCAACAAUGGAUGAACAAUAUUCGAAGCGAUUCCGUUUGAUCAGCUGGCUCUGCGUCUCUUCAAUCCUCGCACUGUUUCCGCGAAAGGGAAGUGCGGGGAUGAAGGGGGAUGAAGUGGAGCGGAGGCACAAAACGUUUUUCGAGUUAGUUUCAUGAUUGAACAUUUUUCGCUCGUGAAAGGCCCUGGUCACUUGUUCCAAAUGUUGUCGGUUUCACAUACAAUUCUUCUUCGACUGAAAUCACAUAAAAUCUGAAAAGAAUGAACGCCAUAAACAUCCAUUGCCCUCUACAUUAUCACCGCUCUCUCUCUUUCUCCGUUCUUUCCGUUUGUUUCCCCCGACGGCCGUUCGAUUCCUCGGUUUCCCACCCGCUCUUCUCCGCUCUUUUCCCAUCUUUUAUCGAUGGUUCGACCCACUUUCGUACGCAUUAAGUUGCCUUCCCGACCCGCUCCGAUGGCGGAUCAACCUCCGACACCGGGCCCACCGCCGCCCCCGCAGUCCGUCAGGUCCACUUCGAAGGCCCCGCUGCCAGGUACACGUCGAUCGAUUUGGAGAAUGAAAUACCCGAAAUGUACAAGUGAGUUUAUUGCUUUCCAGCUGAGCAUACACAACACAAUUCUCUUUUCAGCACUUCUCUCAAUCCCGCUAUUCACGACCCCGACAUGACCAUGUUCUUCAACCGAAAUGCGCCGCCGUUUCACACAAACUACGCGAAGCGACACAGUCCGCCGCCGAGCUAUUCAUCAAGAUCGAGUGAGUUUUGAACGGAGACGACAAGAUGAACGAACGUCGUUGUUUUGCAGAACAAGGAAGUGUCUCCUCGUCGUCGAGCACAUCGAAGAGCCGAGUUUCCCGCCGCAACUUCUUCGUCGGCUGCUUUCUCUGUGUCUUCAUCGCCGCGCCCCUCGUCUUUCUGCUCGUCUUCUACCUGAUUCCUCGAAUUGUCGUUAUCGACCGUCCGUUGAGAUUCUAA